AAGAUCAAGUCAUCUGUAAACUCUUGUUCAAGGAAGACCGCCAAGGUUCUCUUUUGCUGAAAUAAUUUAAACAGGCUGGAUGAUGUACACGGACAAUGCCAGAAGGCCGGGAGCCAAGUAUGACGGACUCGCCGGGUACCUUGGGAAACCUAGUCUGAUGAUCACAGAGGCUGGAGAAGGGCGAGGACCUGGGUUCACCGUGAUGUCACCAUCGGCAGCUGGGCGAUCCGCUGAGCGGCUCAUCCUCUCGGAACCGGGUUUCGCUUCCGCGGAAAGGACCUCACAGCCACGGCUGGCCCGGCUCCCGGCUCUGUAUGGAGGGGUCAGCGGGACCGUGUCCGGCUGCGCGCGCGGUCUGCCAAGCCUCGGGCGCGCCUGCAGCCUGGCGCCCGCGGCGCGGGAGGUGAAGGCGGCCUGUUCGGAGGAUGUGGACUUGCCCUGCACCGCCCCCCGGGACCCGCAGGUUUCCUACGCGGUCUUCUGGGCCAAGCUCACAGAGGGCGGUGCAGAGAGGGUGGAGAUGCCCCAGGAAGACCUGCAGUACAGUCAACAGAGGGGCUCUUCAGAGGCCCUCAGGGAAAGGCUGUACUCCCUGAGGAUCCAAAACACUACCAGCUGCAACUCGGGGACCUACAGGUGCACGCUGGUGGGUCUGGAAGGGCAGAAAAACCUAAGUGGCACCGUGGUCUUAAAAGUGACAGGAUGCUUUAAGGGACGAAGGGAAGAGACUUUUAAGAAAUACAGAGCUGAGAUUGUCCUGCUGUUGUGUCUGGUCAUUUUCUACCUAACACUCAUCAUUUUCACUUGCAAGUUUGCACGACAGCAGAGUAUUUUUCCAGACUUUUCUAAACCUGCCAUCGAGCAUGCUUUCCUCCCAGUCACCUCCCCAAAUAAGCAUCUGGAGCCAGUGACUCUUCACAAGACAGAAGUGGUGUGAGCACGAUUUCUGCAGAUUGUCCUUCUAAGGUCAAAGGCGCCAGGGUGUGCGACCGUGUCUCACUGGACAGAAGCACGAGCCCCACACUAAGGACGCCAUCCUUCCUGGGACGCCCUUCGCUCGACUGAAACAUCCCAGAGUGGGUCCCACCCCACUUUUUGUGAGCAGGGCCCUGAAAAUUAUGACGUGACCGCAGAGCAUGGGGCCACCUCCUGGGUACUUUCCAGUACCACUUCUUCAUGGCCUUCUUAGCAUUUUAUUCAGCUAUCUGGUCAACCUCUUGGAUUUUUUUUUUUUUUUUUUUUUUCCAGUCCUAGGAAAGCUAUGGUGAGAUGCAGUUGGAAAAGGACCUUGGGAAAUAUGAAUGCCCGGAGCUGGCCCUGUGUAGACUUUUUGAGGACAGCUGUCCUCUUCCACAUCUGGAAAACAUCUCUGAAUUUGCUUUGUUUUGUUGUCUGAGCCUAGAUGUUUUAUAUCUGGGAGAAAUCGACAGGCCAAGCUGUGAGACUGGGGAAAUAUUUAGCAAAUAAUUUCCCGGCGUGAAAGCCCUGCUAUUACCAAGGAGUAUGAUGUGUACGUAGAAAUAACAGGUCGAUGAACUGUCUCCAACAGGGCCUUUUUAUCUGGGAAAGACAUCCGUAGAGAAGCAAUAGAGAAGAGUGCCACGUUUAUUUUUAUAUCUGUGUAUACUUGUCAAAGAAGGAUUUGUGCUGCUUCUCCUUUUCAAGUGUGUAUCUUCAGUUAGAUAUCAUUGUUAACUGACAAGCAGCCUGCAUAUGGAGGGUGAGAAGAAGUUGGUGACGGUGACGGUAGGAGGGAGAGCUGUGCAGGGACCAGAUGGAAACACUGGACCAAUGGUGCAUCCUGGGUGCUGGCCCCAGUUGUCCCACUACUUAGCUGCCUGAUCUCGGACAAGAGCCCUCUGGUUUCUACUUUCUCAGUGGUAAACCAAAAGGUUGAUGUAUGAGUUGAUUGGGAAAAAAAUGUAUGUGAAAAUGCUUUGAAAGAGUAUAAAGCACUAUCCA